AUGAACGCGAACGUGGCGAUUCUCCUGGUCGCCGUGAUGAUGGCCCUUGACGGGCUGCCGCUCGUCACUGCGGCCACCGAUAACACCGAUGGUUCGUGCGUUCGAUCUUCUUUAUGUCUGUCUCUCCUCCUCUUUUCAUUGUGAGGUAUAUUUUUGCUUCGUUUCGCGCAAUGGCAUCAUCGUCAUCAGCUUCUUUUCAUCCUCGUUCUCGUUCUCCUCUUCUGCCUCCCUGUCCACGUUCUCCUUUCUCCUCUCCUCCUCGUUGUCCUGUUUCUCGUACUUCCCCUUCCCCUUGUUCUCUUUUUCCGUCUAAUGCACCUUCUUCUUCACCUUCUCCUCCUCCUCCUCGUUUUCUCUUUUCUUCUUUUUCUUGCUCUCUUUCUCUUCCUUUGAAAUCUAAGAUACCGACAAGUUGUCAUUACUCUCUGCAGACAGAAGUUACAGUCGCCGGUUGUAGAACUUCCAAGUUUUAACCAUCUGACAUAUUUCCGUCUUCUAUUCCGUGUCUUCAUCUCAUGACACUAUAUUCUCUGUUACAAAAACUCAUAAGAAUACUCUAGCUCCCGAAUUUCCGUCAUCAAAGCUGGUUUAUCACUUUAAGUUAGGUGAACUGAGCGUAAUUUUCAUUUCGUGUGAUGUAUUUUAACUUCUGGAGGGUUUCAAGGUGCUGGUGCUGAUGAAUCUUGUGGCUUGCAGUUGAAGCACUCCAUAUCUUGUAUAGUUCACUGAACAAACCUCGUCAGCUAUCCGGAUGGAAGCCAAGUGGUGGUGAUCCCUGUGGAGAAUCUUGGAAAGGAGUCUCUUGCUCUGGCACGGCUGUUGUUUCCAUGUAAAAGAAGCAAACUCGUGCAUGGAGGUUCUAACUUUCUUUGAUUUCUUAUCCCUGCGCGCUAAUAUAAUUUUUAUGAUUUUAUUUGGUGCAUGUCAGUCAAAUCCCAGGUCUUCAGCUCAAGGGGACUCUGGGCUACAUGCUCUCGAACUUCUUAUCUUUGAAAAUUCUGUGAGGAAAUAUCUUCUUUUAACUCCAAAAGGAUAAAUUUUCCUUUUAUUUAAUUUUUUAUUUUCCUUGCCAAACAGGGAUGUAAGCAAUAAUUACAUACAUGACGCAAUCCCAUAUCAGCUGCCUCCAAAUCUUACACACAUGUAAUUUUCUAUCAGAUAUAACUCGUUUGUUCUUGACUCCUAUUAUUUUUUUUUUAAUGUACAACUUCCAAUGUCACAGGAAUCUUGGGGGAAAUAACUUCAGUGGAAAUCUUCCUUACUCAUUUUCUGUCAUGAUCUCUCUCAAUUAUCUGUGAGUGCUGGUUAAUUAAGGGAAUUUAUCAUCGUAAUAACAUAAUACUAUCAUAAGUGACGAAGUUCUGUUCUUAGAAAUGUCAGCCGCAACUCACUGUCGCAAUCAGUUGGGGACUUCUUUGCAAAUCUUCGAGAUCUCUCUGUUCUGUAAGAUAUUUGGCAUUCCUACCCUAUCGCCCUGUGACGAGUCGUAGAAACUUAUUAUGCUUAAUUGUACAAGUUAUUUGCUGUUUUAAAAUCCAAUUGCCUUGAGUAUUGGAUUUCGCUACCAUUUCAUUUGUUUCUCAAUGUUGGUAAUCUCUUAUCAGGAAACAAGUGAUGACUCAGGCAAUCUAAUUGAAUGAAAUAUAUGGUUAUACCUUCCCUGGCUGCAGAUUUCAUAAGAUUGUGCAAAACAUUUGAUCAGAUUGAUUUAGUUACAUGGCUGAGUUAUGAAUGUUAUUUAUCAGAGAACAUAAUCAGAAACAGGGAUAAAUUGUACCGUUGGAUAUGCCUGGCUUUAUAGUUUAUUGAACUCUUGAUUCUUUUUCUUUAAACCCGCUUCCUAUUCCAGGAUACUGAAGUAAACCAUGACUUCUGUAGUAUUUUUCUCAGCAGUUAUUUUGAAAUUUCAUAAUCAUUGGCACAUCUAUAAUGACAGGGACAUCUCUUUCAAUAGCUUAUCUGGUGUUUUGCCCCAUUCUUUUGGUUCCUUGUCAAAGCUUUCUAGCCUGUAAGUUUAGUGCUCUUUCUUCUCCUCUGUGAAUUCAUCAUGAAUGAAAACUAUACAUAUUCUAGCUUGUUCACUGUUUAUUUCAUGAAUUUUGACACACAUUUCUCAGUUACGUGCAGAACAAUCAGUUGAGCGGAGAAAUUAAUAUGAUCUCGAAUCUUAGCUUAAAUAAAUUGUAAGUACAUGCACUUUUAUGCUGAGUUUUUAUUUUAUGGAUUCCCUGUUCUCAUUUUUGUCUAAAAAUAUUACACUAACAGAAAUAUUGCAAAUAAUCAUUUCUCUGGUCGUAUCCCCCCUACAAUUCGUUCAAUUCCGGACUUGAGGUCAGUGGCUCAUGUGGUCCAUUCAACGUUAAUACUUUUGCUGUCUGCUUUUGCCCAAUUUUUGACGAAAUAGACACUCCUUCACAGGAUUGAGGGCAACUCCUUUGACUACAGUCAGGUUCCUGCUCCUGCUCCUGCUCCCGUGCCAACCCCUGCUAGAAGCUCUAACAGCAAUCGUACACAGUCAUCUUCAAGGGGAUUUGAUGGAUCAACUCCUAGUAAAAAUAAAAGCAAAUAUAGGGGAAGCUCGAUAGUUGGUCCAAUAAUAGGCAUUGUUUUGGGUUCUCUUUGCAUCAGCUUAGGUGCUGCUCUGGUUGUUAUCUUCUGUCUUCGUAGUAAUAAGCGUGGUAAAGGUGAUUUGAAAAAAUUCUCAAAGAAUUCUCCAAGUUCUCUUGCCCAUGGCAAGGAUAAAGGUGAAAUUUCCUCCCUUCUUAAUUUCAAUAGUUUCAUUUCAUUCUUGUAUUUAUCGUUUAAUUUCAGAGAAACUGGUGAACACUGGCUUUUUAUUAUAGGAUUUUUCCAUGAUUAGUUUCUAUAAGAGGGAUUUUUAUUUGUAGUACAUUCAAAACAGAAAUGGUCCACAGAGCAUAAUGUACUUUGUGGCCAACUGACUCUACAGCUACCCAUGCAUCCUCUGUAAAAUUUAACAAGUUAUUAUGAAAGGUGUAAUUUAUACUUUUUACUUUCUAAUUUAAGGACUUGGAUCAAACUGGCCAGUCUUUACUUUAAAAGGUGAACUUGUCCAGGCUAGUUUCUCUUGGCCAUUGCGCUCGCCAAGUUUCUAGGUGUUUAUUAAGCUCGUUAUCAAUACACGAAGUGAGGUAAUUUGUAGGUUCCCUUUUGUGCAUGAAGUUGGGAAGUCAUUUUCAUCUCCACGAUUCUGCCUCUUCUGUUGGCGUUGUUCUUUCUGAAAUAGGCAGGCUCGAGAAGAAAUUUAAGCUUUUGAGGUUCUUGUUGUCAUUGAUUACUUUUGCACUUUAGACAUUGGGCUUUUUCUGCUACCUUUGGAGCAAAGUAAAUUUACCAUUGAAGUACUAGUAACCUCUGCUGUGCUCCAAAGUAUUGGGAAUGUCUCGUUUAGGGCUGAUGUUCACCAUUCUUCCUUCAAAGUAAACUUUUCCGAUCACAUCGCAGACAAAAAUCAAAAUCUUUUUGCAUCCUAUCCUUUAUAUAGCCCUCAAUUCUUGGUACCGAUUUCCAAUGAUUGUCUCUACAUGUAAAAAUUGAGCAGCAUGGGAUCUAUUCUUUUUUAACCCAUACGUCUUCCCAAAUAAAUAUCAUCACCUACACCUUUCUCUACUGUCUAUUAGAAUAAUCCAAUUUGUGCUAACUCUACAUGUAAGCCAUAGGACGGUCUUUGUGGCUCUGAAUAAGAUUAACAGCAAACGGUUAAUGCAGCCUUAAAUAGUGUGAUCCUCUCACAGGAGGGAAUAUUUCCUUUCCAUCUUCCCUUUUUAUAGAUAAUUUACUAACUUACCUUUUCUUUACAACCAAAGAUAAGUUCUUCUGAAUUUAACUUGAAUCCUAAUUUUCCUAGAAAUUUCAUCAUCAUCUGAUCAGGCGUGCUGUUCUUCCCUUGCCAAGAUAAAAUGGUACCAUUAGUGCAUCAAGCCUAGAUCCAACCAGAUUUUCAGCCGUUACUGAACUGUUCAGUGUAACUAGUUUAUCACCAACGUCAAUCUUAAUCUUGUACUCACAAUAUGAAUUAAGUCUAGACCCUUAUUCAUCCUAUCUCUGCCUCCCAGGAAAUAGGAAUAUUUAGGAUGUGGACAUCUAUUUUGACAAACCUUGGGAUCUAAAAUGAUGAAAGACUGUUCCAAUAUUUGACAAUGCAACCUAAAUGUUUAGUAAUAGAUUCAUUAUAUUUUAUUCACAAAUCGACAUUUUACCUCUCUAUCAAAUCCGAUAAUUCUUUUAUCCCAUUUGAGGUUGAGCCACACACUUCUUCAAGUAGCAAUAGCAGUCUCUUAAUGUAACGUUUUAACCCUCCAGUUCAGCUUCUAUUGAAUAUAAUAUUCUUGUUCACUGUUGAAGUUUUGACCGAUAUCUGUUUAUUCUGUUAAUCAAUACUAAACAUAACCUUUCAAAUCUGUAUAAUGUUUAUCUUAUCGUAUCAUUUGCUUAAUUUUAAAAAUUAUUAUUUGCUUUAAUAUCUGCAUCACGGCACAAUUGGAUUUCUCUUUUUUUUCUUCUAGGCUAUUUUGUUACGCGUAUGUGUGCGCUGAAGCUAACCAUUUAUAUUUGUCAUCUAAUGCUGGAUUUUAUUCAAAAUUUCCUGGGUUGGAUUGUGUUUGACUUCAUCAUCUAUUUGUGGUUGUUAAUUUGUCUCCAUUUAGUUCAUCAGUACUUUUACAUGCAAUAACCCAAGCUUUAUAAGUGAGGCAAAUUAGCUGUAGUUCCCUACUGAUAGGCGGUUGUAUUUUCAGGAGAAUGGAACCAAUUGUCAGAUUACAUGUCAUCACACGCACCUACGGAGUGGAGUUAUCGAGUAAAAGACACAUUGUCCUCUAACAGUCAAUCCAGUUCUCCACAUCAAAAUAAAGGUGCUGAUGCUUUGACAGUGGGAAGCUCCUUCUUGAGAAGAACUUUAACCCCAGUUGAUCGAAUUAUUCUAAAAAACUAUAUUUCUUUGCUAGUUAAAGUAUCAUUAUUUGAUUUACCAUGUUUUACAUCUAUCACCGGUUUUGGGUUUCAUCACAUUUGAAUUGAACUACAUCCUGUAUCAUUGUUGGGUUGGCAAUCGUAAAAUUCAAACCUGUUCGUUUGUUCAGUGUAUUACUCUCUGGAAAGGUCUAAUAAAUUGGAAAUUUAAGACUGAUACUAGAGGCUGUGAGAAGUGUACGUGAAGCUCUUCUGAUUAUGGGAUUUGAGUAUCAAAACCUUUUGAUGGAGCUGCUGUUUUGAUUGACAAAUAGUGUCGUAUCGUAAAACUGAUUUAAUUGCUGGAAAUGGAUCAAGUAGCUGUUGUUUUUAUAAAGAGUUGUAGAAAAAAAAUUGAAUUGUAUGACAUCAGUGGAUGUGGGGUUUUUAUAAGAAUUUAUGCAUCAGCAAAGGAGUAUUUUUGGGAUUCUUUCUAUUGUCUCCAUAGUUGUUGUCAAGAUAUGCUCAUAUGACUCGUUAAAUUAACAGAUAGAAUCCGUACGCUAGCUCAUGUUUUUAUCCAUAAGACCAACAUAAAAUGUUUUCUUCAGCUCUGGAAAUCAUUACUAAAAUACACAUCAGUUUUUUUUUUUCUUCUCCCCAUCUGCGGGAGGUGUCCGCUUGCAACCUCCUCUGAAUGUUUCCCUGUAAGGUUCUAUUUCAACCUUCUGAAGUUGGAUUCAACUGUCCGGGUGGUUAUGAUAACUUGGGGUUCAUUAAUUAAUAUGAGGAUUUGAAUUAUGCGGACUCAAAACCAAUGAAUAUUUUGAUAGGAUUCUAUUUUACUUUGUGGAGAAGGUUGCUUUUGGACAGAAAAAAAAUUUGGUUUUAAUUAACUCCACCAGGAUGUUUAGAGCCAUUCUUCCCAUAAAUGUGCAUAUGAACAUAUGAUGAUCCCCGUGGACUGUAAAAGUGAAUAUUUUGAUUUUAUGGAGUCAAUUAGAAUUUGGACAUAUUUUGGUUUCCUUUAUGUGUUCACUUUAUCCAAAAUCUCUCGUGUUCUCUUUUGUUUCCUCUUUCAUUCAAUAUCCUGUCUGACUCCCCCUAAUGGUUUGUUUUUUUACCAUCUUAUUGUACAAAAAGGAAUAAGGAAAUAUUGUUUCUAGUUUUUCUAACUUUGAUCGAGUAUUUGCUGUCAUUACUGAUAUUUAUUUGAUAAACCAUUGAUCGCCAUUUCAUAUGGUAUAUCACAAAUCUUUGACUCUAAUCCCUGGAUGCGAUAUGAACAGAUGUUGUAAGAAAGUACGAGCUGUGUGUUAUGUAAAUAGAUAUCAGACUGGUCCUUUUAGGUUUGAUGUAUAUCAUUGUCAAUAUAGUUUUUCUCAGCUAACUGGCACACUUUGUUCCUAGAGCGUCGUAGGCCAUUUAGUUUCUAUAAAAAACCCUGCCUUCAAUUCAAUAGGGUCCAAUAACCAUAGAAUUCUAGAAGGCGCUUUUUAUUUCAAUUUACAACUGCAACAUGUGCAUCACGUUCCUGAAUAUAAUGCCUUUCUACUUCAGCUGUCCAACCUACAUUCCUGAACUCAUUUGUUUUAAGGUGCGCCUUCAUCGUUCAACAAUACAGAAUAUUUAUUUUUUCUCUUCACAUUUUAGGCACCACAUCAUUUGCCGGUAACAUAAUCUAUGAUAGUUAUUCUUCAGUAUAUGGACUGUGAACUCGCUUGAAGCAAGUCUGAAAAGAUAAUGACCGAAAGAUGAUCUCUGAUGUAAAUUAAUUGCCAUGAGUGAAUUAUUCGUCCUAUAGUAAUUAAUUUUCCUCUACACUAUUUCUCUAUACUUGUGCACGCUGAAGUAUUUAUUUCCUCCUUGUUGAUUUAUUUUCCUAUACAUGUUGGAGGCAAGUUCUUGUAUCCAUGUCAUCUACCACGUUUAAGAAAUAUGUCAUUUUGGGGAUAUUCCAUAAAUAUUUUAUGAAAGUGCACAGAUAAUAGAAAAUGUAUGAAAAAUAGACCUUUUGGAAAUAAAAAUUCAAACUCUGUCUGAUCCUGAUGGUUUGUUACGUUCGGAUUUGUUCUUCAUCCUAACAAAAAAUCCCUUCGUUGUCACAUUCUAGCGCUGAACAAGGAGGUGCAGGAGGUAAAAAUCGGAAUAUCUAUGGCAAGCCCAUCGACGCUACCCCCUGAAGAAAGAGCAGCUGACAAGACACAAGACAGAAAUGCACAAGUGAAGAGAAAAAAGGUCCCACCUAUAAAUGCAACUUUCUACACCGUCGCCACUCUUCAAAAUGCGACGAACAGCUUCAGUCAAGAAUGUCUGGUUGGUGAGGGAUCUCUUGGCCGCGUGUACCUGGCAGAAUUUUCUAACGGGAAGGUAUUCAAAGGUUUAAUCGCCCAUCAAUUAUACGGCAUUAUUCUCCAUAUCAUAAACGAAUCAUAGUCAAAAGCUUAUUCUCCACAUCUAUUAAACGCCAUUCUUCUCCACAUCUCUUCUGGUUUUGCGAGCUAAUUCUCCGAAUGAAAUGAUGGGUGGUACGUGCAGGCUUUCGCUGUAAAGACGCUCGAAAGCGCAGCAGCUCAUACGGUACAAGAGGAAGAGAGCUUCCUCGAAGCUGUUUCAAAUAUCUCGAGGCUUCAGCACUCGAGCAUCGUUCCACUGCUGGGCUACUGCUUGGAGCAUGGUCAACGGCUCCUGGUCCACGAGUUUAUCCGGAAUGGAACCCUCCAGGAGAUCCUCCACUAUGCAGAUGACGGCGGCAGGGCGUUUUCCUGGAAUGCCCGAAUGAAGGUGGCUCUCGGCACUGCCAGGGCUCUGGAGUAAGUCCCCGCCGCAAGUGAUGGUCUGAUACUUUGGUUCCGUUCCUCUCCCCUCGGAUGCUUUGAAGCCUGUGGUUGACCAUUUCUGGCGGGCCCCUUUUCAGGUAUCUGCACGAAGUAUGCGGGCCGCCGGUUGUACACAAGAACGUGAAAUCUGCGAACAUAUUGCUUGACGAAGAGCUCAAUCCUUACUUAUCAGACUGCGGAUUGGCUUCAUUGAUCCCCAGCACAGAGAGACAGGUAAAGUGAGGAACUUAAGAUGCUCGAUUAAAGCUGGAGUCAGCUCAAGCUUAUCCUUAAAUCGUUCGUAAUUUUUUCCUUUUUUUAUUUUUUAUGAAAACUUCAAUCGUUUCAUCGGCAGAAUUCGACCAGGAUGAUGGAUUCCUUCGGGUAUAGCGCCCCCGAGUCUGCGAUGUCCGGGAUUUACACCGUGAAGAGUGACGUCUACAGCUUCGGAGUCGUGAUGCUGGAGUUGUUGACCGGCCGCAAGCCGCUGGACAGGUAAACUCUCCCAAUAAUCACAUUUAGCCGCAAGCCGCUAAAUGUGACUGUAUGUUUCAGUUCAAAGGCGAGGUUGGAGCAGUCGCUGGUGCGGUGGGCGGCGCCGCAGCUCCACGACAUCGACUUGUUGGCGAAGAUGGUCGACCCUGCUCUGAACGGCAUGUACCCGGCCAAAUCUCUCUCUCGUUUUGCAGACGUAAUCGCUCUCUGCGUUCAGGUACUCCUGCCGACAACUCCACACUCUGAGCUCUUCUUCUUCUUCUUCUUCUUCUUCCUCUCUCUCUCUCUCUCUCAUGAUCUCUCUCUCUCUAUCCAUCUUUGUGUUGCCGCACAGGCUGAGCCGGAGUUCCGCCCGCCGAUGUCGGAAGUGGCGCAGUCGCUGAUCCGGCUGGUGCAGAGGACGAGCCUGAGCAAGAGGCGCUCCGGAGACGAGUUCGGGUUCACGUACAAGACUCCUGAGCGGGACGCCCCAGCGGACGCUACCUUCUGA